AUGGAGGGGCUGCUGAAUGAGCACGAGGAGACCGCGAGCUGGUUCCUCAUUCCUCUUAUGCUCGUCGUGAGGAAUGUCCUUGAAAACCCCUCGACACGAGGCUUCGACGCGUUCCCUCGAUUACCGCUUCCCUCCGAUGUUCUUGUAGCUGUCCUGUGGCACUCUUUCCCUCCCAAGCCGUGCGUCAACUGCGCCGACAAGUACGACGACGGCGUCAUGGCCUACGGCGGCUACGCCGACUACGUGCGCAUGCCGAGCGCUGCGACCGUGUUCUCUCCGCUGAAGCGCCAGAACGUCAAGGCUCGCGACCGCGUCGGUGUCAUUGGCAAUGCAGGCUUCGGUCGCUUGGCCAUCCAGUUCAUCCAUGCUCUUGGGGCUGCAUCUAUCUGA